GACCAGGUCCAAUUCACCAUCGGGUUAACUCCGAGCACCCACGUUACACAUUUCUGCACGUGUGUAAGACGCUUCAAUGGCGACUUCCCCGUCGCCGUUUCUCGACCCAGGCACACAUUCCGCGCCGAACAGUCUCGGGAUCCUCCAGCUCAAACGCGACCACCUCAUCCCUACGGUGCUCUCUCCAUCCACGAAUUCGGAUUAUGCUGAAGGCAAAGUUGAAAACACCCGAUUCGGCUCAUACCCGCACAGUACCCUCCUCAACCAACCGUGGGGAACGCAGAUCCUCGCGUCGGUCGUUGAUACCGGAUCAAGAGGAGCAAAAUCAAAGAAGCGAAAGCGCGAAGUGGAUGAGGAGGGUCAGAGGACACUAACCCAUGAGACUGAUGAGACUAGCGGAGACUUGGUUAAAGCUGCCACGGCAAGCAGUGGAUUUGCGCACUUGAUACCUCCCUCACCGGAAACGUGGACGCUCUGCUUACCACAUCGGACCCAAGUCGUGUAUACACCGGAUUAUAGCUACAUUCUACAGAGACUAAAAGUGCGGCCGGGUGACCACAUAAUUGAGGCUGGAGCAGGAAGCGGUAGCUUUACACACGCUGCUGUCCGUGCCGUGUUCAGUGGCUAUCUCGAGGAGGCAACCACGACCAAUGGCGUGGAACAUCCUGGUGGGGAGCAUGGGGAUGUGGCCGCCAAGAAAAGGAAGAAGAGACAUGGCCAGGUCUACAGCUUUGAAUUUCAUGAGAAACGGGCAAACCAAUUGCAGAAUGAGAUUGGAGAACAUGGCCUUGAUCGCCUAGUCACCAUUACUAAUCGAGAUGUCUAUCAGGAUGGAUUCUGCAUUCCUUCCGAUUCGGAAAUGGAACCAGCACCAGACGCCGACGCCAUAUUUCUUGAUCUGCCAGCGCCUUGGUUGGCCCUCAAACACCUCACCCGGUCCCCGCCAUCAUCCGCUGCCCUUAAAUCCGUAGCUUCGGUCUCAGAUCCAUCAACACCAGCGGCUAUCGAUUCAACUUCCACUCCACAGCUUUACAUACCUCUGAAACCCUUCCGAUCUCCACUAAACCCUAAAUCCGCCAUCCGAAUAUGUACCUUCUCUCCUUGCAUCGAACAAGUCACUAAAACUGUCUCCGCUCUCCGCUCCCUAGGCUGGCUGGAGAUCGACAUGGUCGAGAUCCUCUCCAAGCGGCUUGAAGUCCGACGCGAACGCAUCGGUCUGCAGGAAGAAGGGCUUCGAGGUGCUAAUCCUAGCGCUGCUACUGUCAAAGAAGCAGUACAGCGCCUGCGUGAUGUUGAAGAUCGCGCAAAGAUCUUUCACGGAUUACAGAAAGAGAAGCAGGAGAAAAUCAUGAGGAGGGCGGAGGCGAAGAAGAGGGGUGAGAAAGUCGUGCAAUCGAAAGAGGAUAAAACAGGAGCAGAUGGAGACGGGAAGAAGCGAGUCGAGGGUUUGCCGCCGUCGAAGCACGAUAGGCUGGAGCAGGUGAAGAAGGACUUGGCGACAAGAGAACUCUUCAAGGAAGGGAGGUUGAUUCAUCGGACGGAGCCCGAGCUGAAGACUCAUACUUCGUAUCUCGUCUUUGCUGUGCUUCCACGAGAGUGGAGUAGGGACGAUGAGGAAAAGGCAAAGCUGAACGCCAUGGGUUGGAGGGUUGCUAUCUUCGAACUGUAUGCUCAUAAACAGAAAUCCAUUCCUUUCUCUGAGAACAUCUCCUCAGGCAAAAAGGAGCUUGAAUAA